CCUCGAUCUAGAGAUAAACAAACAUGGCGGGAUCAGGCGUAGAACGUAUUGUUAUUUCCUAUAUUUUCUAUAAUAUCGCUCGUUAAAGAAAUAAGGGAAUAGAUAGCCUUUAAUCGAAGAUUUUUUGAUAGGAACAUUCAAUUUAGCCUAAUUUCUUGUUUAUUGAAUCAAAGUAUUGAAUUUUGGAAGCAAGAACUAUUUGAUGUUUGCAAACAGAAUGAUGGAACCAACUGAAUCGUGAAUGGUCCAAAAAUUUGAUUUUAAUGGGUAACGUCCACGACGUCGAAGCUCAAAUACAAAGAAAACCAAAAGAUGCACAAUUGCUGCAUGCUGCAGAAACUGGGGACGAAGAGCAACUCCGCUUGCUUCUUCGCGACACUACUAUUCAAGUCGAUUUUGCGAACAGUUCGGCUUUGACACCACUAUUCCUCGCCGCCAAAGAAGGCUAUACGAACUGUGUACGAGCCUUGCUUAAAGCAGGCGCAAAAGUAGACGGAGUCGGCGAAGGGAGCUCUGUAUUAACGCCGAUUUGGGUUGCCACAUAUGGAGGCCAUACCGAGUGUGUUAGCGAGUUAAUCAACGCAGGCGCUAACAUGAACGCCAAGUACCCCGAGACCCCCCUAUACAUUGCUACUAGGGAGGGGAGGGCAGGGUGUUUGCGUCUGUUGAUUAAUGCAGGGUCUGAUGUGAAUGUAAGGAAUACUCAAGGCCAGACUCCUCUACUUGUGGCCUGUCGAGAACUUCAUGAGAACUGUAUUGAAUUGCUGCUUGGCACAGAGUGUGAUUUAGAUGCCAGAGAUAGAGCUGGUUACAACAUUCUUUACUACGCCUGUAACAGUACACCUGACGGAAGUAUUAUACUAAAGAUGCUGUUAGAUGCUGGGAUGCCAGUAAAUGGACCAUGUGGGACACAAGGAGACUUAACCCCUCUUCACAUAUGUGCCCAGCGCGGUAAACUGGAAAAUGUACGGCUGUUGUUGUUGUAUGGUGCUAAUGCCUCAGUUCGAGACAGCAAGGGUUAUACACCUCAACAUAAAGCCGCUAAUAAUUUGGCCUGUCAACAGUUGCUGCAAGAACAUGAAGGUAUGGUACCUCUCUUGCAGCAUCUCUGUCGAUGGUCAAUUCGCGGUCUACUUGGACCUAAAAGACUCAAGUUUAUAAUGGAUCUUCCCAUUCCCACAACACUUCAGAAUUUUCUUCUGUAUUGUAGAUAGGCAGCUUAGGUAGCUUCUUUACAUAUGAUUGACAUCUUUUUUGAGUGCACGCAUUUUCAAGAGAAAACAGAAUUUCACAAAAGGCAUCUUUAUCCAAUAUAUAUGCCGUAUUUAUACGCGGUUAAUUUUCGCAUAAUUUUUACAUUUCUUUUGACAUUUACCACAGAUUGCGACAGAAUGCCUUCUUUUACCUAAUAAAAAAGGCGUUUAAACUAAAAAAAUACUAAAAACAUAGUAAAAGUCCGUUGCCUCCUCCGCAGGCAUCUCUAUUUGCAAGACAACACAAGAAAACAGCGAGCACGCGGACCGAACCCGAAAGAGCGCGCGCGGAACGGGAAGGGACGAGCGGGAAAGGGGGAAUGGGGAGGAGGAAAAGAGAAAUAGAUCUCUCUCUCUCUCCUUUUCCCCACCCCCUCCCCCACUACCCCGAAUUUACUUAUAAGCUCCAAAGGACGCAACGAAAACCAUUUGCAGUACUGAGUAGUCAAAUCCAGAUACUUCGAUACUUCGAUUUAUUACUCCUAUAAGUAGCUUUCGCUAAUACUAGGAGGCAUAUAGAGCUAAAAUAAUUACAAUAAGAAUUGCUCAAAUAAUAACGAAUAAUUAUGAUACAAAGAGUAUUAAAGAGUAACUGUAUAAGUAAAUAUUGUAAUUAUUGUAUAAUUAUGAUACAAAGAGUAUUAAAGAGUAACUGUAGCAAAAA